AGGAGGCCUCCGCGGCUGCGCGUCCCGCUCCCCCUUCCUGAGGUGGCGCCGCCGCCGCUCCCCUCUGGCCGCGCGGGGCGUUUGAAGGCGCCGCCAUGCCCAACUUCUGCGCCGCCCCGAACUGCACCCGCAAGAGCACCCAGAGCGACCUGGCCUUCUUCCGCUUCCCGCGGGACCCCACCCGAUGUCUCCGGUGGGUCGAAAACUGCCGAAGGGCCGAUCUGGAAGAUAAGACUCCAGACCAACUGAACAAGCAUUACCGGCUGUGCGCGAAACACUUUGAAUCUUCAAUGAUAUGCAGAAGCAGUCCGUACAGGACAGUUUUGCGAGACAACGCUGUACCCACCAUAUUUGACCUGACGAGCCAUCUAAAUAACCCGCACAGCCGGCACAGAAAGAGAAUCAAAGAGCUGAGUGAAGAGGAAAUAAGAUCGCUCAAGCAGCAGAAGACUGAUGAACCUUACGAGCAAGAAAAGGCCAACCCGGAGUCUGGUGACAACGAGCUCCAGAAUCCGGCUUCCGAGGAAGGAGGCGACGAGCCCGUGAGAGACAACGUCCCCCUGACCCAAGAAGAGCGGGAGAACAAAGAUUAUCUAAAGUCACUGUUUGAAAUCCUGAUCCUGAUGGGGAAACAGAACAUUCCUCUGGACGGCCACGGAGCCGACGAGGUGCCGGAAGGAAUUUUCACCCCCGACAACGUCCAGGCUCUUUUGGACUUCAGAAUAAACUCCGGCGACGAGGUUUUGAGGAAGCGGUUUGAGACCACGGCGGUGAACCUGUCCUAUUGCUCGCAAUCUCAGCAGAAGCAGAUGCUGGAGAUCUGCGAGAGCUGCGUGCGGGAGGAGACGCUCCGGGAAGUCCGAGAGUCUCAUUUCUUCUCCAUCGUCACGGAGGAGGUCGUGGAUCUCGCCGGAGAGGACCACUUGCCCGUGCUGGUCCGGUUCGUCGACGACUCUCACAACCUGCGGGAGGAGUUCAUCGGGUUUGUGCCGUACCAGGCGGAUCCCGACGUCCUGGCUGUCAAAUUGCACACCACCAUCAUUGAACAGUGGGGGCUGAACAUGGAGUAUUGCCGAGGCCAGGCCUACAUCGUCUCCAGCGGGUUUGCUUCCAAGAUGAAGACGGUGGCCACGAGAAUUUUGGAGAAGUACCCCUACGCUGUGUAUACGCUGUCCUCUUCCUGUGCCUUGAACAUAUGGCUAGCUAAGUCUGUUCCGGUCUUGGGCAUUUCCAUUGCACUUGGGACGAUAGAAGAGGUUUGCUCGUUCUUCCACCAGUCGCAGGUGCUAGCCGAUUUGGACAACGUCAUUUCCAUUCUCUUCCAGAAUAGCGAGGAAAGAGGGAAGGAGCUAAAGGACGUUGUCCGCUCCCACUGGACAGGCAGGCACGACACCUUUGAGAUCAUAGUCGACCUCAUGCAAGCCGUCGUGCUGUGCUUGGACGGCAUCAACGAGUCGUCCAGCCGAUGGAACACCUUGAUCGCCGGCCGAGCUCACAUCCUGUCGAGCGUGCUGGCCGACUUUGACUUUGUGGUCACCGUCGUGAUCAUCAAGAACAUUCUCUCGUUCACGAGGGCCUUCGGCAAGAACCUCCAGGGCCAGACGUCGGACGUCUUCUUUGCGGCCAGCAGCCUAACCGCCGUGCUGCACUCCCUGAACGAAGUGAUGGAGAACAUUGAGGUCUACCACGAAUUCUGGUUCGAGGAAGCGACCAACUUGGCCGCCAAGCUGGACCUGCCCGUGAAGCUCCCCGGGAAGUUUUGCCGAGCUCAGCAAGGGAGCUUGGACUCCGAGGUCUCGGCAUGGAUUCCAGACCUUUUAACACCUCCACCUUCCCGCACACGGGGGACCCUCUCCGCACCCACAGGCUGGUGUAGAAGUGGCGACCAGCCGGUCAUCCGCACCUGGCGCGGGGAGUAG